AUGGGUUCCCGAUGCGCCAAGCUCAGCGCGGGCCACGGCACUGGCCAGAGCUCGGGCCACGGGCGGGGCCACGAGUCCUCCAUGAAGAAGCUGGUGGCCUGCGUGAGCCAGGAUAACUUCUCCCUGUCAUCAGAGGGCGAGGAGGAGGAGGAGGAGGACGAGGAGGAGGAGGAGGAGGACGAGGAGGACGAGGAGCAGCUACCAGUGCAGGGCAAGCUGCUGCUGAUGGAGCCUGAGCAGCAGGAGGAGAGCGUGGAGGACAAGCCCGGAUCCGAGCAGAGCCCCGAGGCCAAGCAGACGCACUCCUAG